AUGGCGGACGGAACCCCCGUCCCGGGGAGCCUUUACGUCUACGCUCCUAACAGAAUAGCAUCCAUCUUCUUCACCGUUGCGUUCGCUGCCUCAGCGGUCGGCCAUAUCUGGCAGUGUUAUCGCUACAAAUGCUUCAAGUUGAUCGGACUACACCCGUUCUGUGCAGUGCUGUUUACUGCCGGCUAUGCGUUGCGGGAAUACGGAGCCUUCAACUAUUUGUAUACCUCUCAGAACCUGAUCAUCUACAUCUUCAGCCAGGUCUUCAUAUUCAUGUGCCCUCCGCUUCUUGAACUCGCCAACUACCACGUCCUCGGUCGAAUAUUCUACUACGUGCCAUACUCCGCACCCCUUCCUCCGGGCAGAGUUCUAUCCACUUUCGGUGCUCUAAUGGCACUUGUCGAGACCUUGAACGCUUUAGGGGUAGCCCUCACCUCCAACCGGUCAUCGUCGCAUCAAGAAUUGGGAAGAAACUUGAUAAUAGCCGCGCUUGCGAUCCAACUCGGCGUUAUCGUGAUCUUCAUCGUCCUCGCGGCCAUUUUCCACAAGCGAUGCACUAAAGCCAAUAUACACGCUAAGGCUGUCUCGACUCCCCUGAUCACGCUGUACAUAAUCCGGCUCGAUGACCUCGAAGCACUCAUGACCCUCAGUCCCAUUUUGCGGUAUGAGUGGUUCUUCUAUGUCUUUGAGGCAACCCUCAUGCUCAUAAACUCUGUACUAUGGAAUGUAUGGAAUCCGGGCCGCUAUCUGCCCAAGAGCUACCACGUCUAUUUGGCGCAGGAUGGCAGGACUGAACUGCAAGGGCAAGACGAGGCGGAUGACCGGCCGUUGCUAGCUAAGGCCGGAUCAGUAUUAACGUUCGGCUUCCUUUUCCGCAAUAAGAAAGUAAAUCGGCAGUUUGAGGAGCUCAACGAGUACCAAGUUGCUAAUCGUCAGGCUUAG